AUGGCCGAGAGUUUCUUACAUCCCGCUCCUGCUGUCAAGAUUGCAUGCUUUUUUGCCCCCUAUCUCAUCGAGGAUCCGGAAUCCAUUCCCGCAGACUCUGGCUACCUAACACACGACGGCGUUCCUCUGAAGUGGCACCUACCAUUGGGCCUGCUGUACGACCUUUACCUGUUGUCUGUGCGUGACACAGAUUCCGACCAUCCGGAUGCCGCCCUAACGCCUUUCAGACUGACACUUCACUACACGCCGGAUGCGGCCAGUGCCACCGUCAACGCCAUCAGCCCUGAUCCAAUUAGGAUGCAUGACUUCUUCAUCAAUGCUGUCAAAGAGGCGGACUUUGUAAGAUCCGGAACCGCGAAGCCGAUUAUGAGCCUAUCAGCCGCCGACAGCAGAGCACUCUGGUCUUCGACGCAGGACAAUGAUCUGGCUACCUUCUCUAGGGUGUAUCAAAUCCUCAUGCCAUCAAGCACGCACUUGAGAAACAUUCCUUUGAGGAUUUAUUUACCAUCGUCGACAGAGGGCGAAGAGACAGCUCAAAUGAAAGUCCUGCAGGCUCAAGUUGCCCCAUGGGCGUCCACACAGUCCAUUACUUCAGUUGCACAGGCCAGGAACACAGGCCAGGGUCAGCCGCAAACGUUGGGUAGUGCCUUGCACACUCUCAUACCCAGUCUUUUCCCAUCAAGACGCACGCCGUUGAUUGCCAGGCCGAUUCUUCAUGGUGCUCAUUUGCCAUUGACCGCGAACCUGGAUGAGCUGGCUAGAUGGGCUUGCUACGCCGAUGGAUGGUUACACCUCGUCAUUGCAGUGAACGGCUGA